UUCCGAGAAUCGCUGAAUCAAUUACCAAAAAAAAGCCAUAGGAAUUGCCGAAAACAAUCAUUUUUUUUUUACUUUCGCAUAUGAAAUCAUCGUCAUCUUCAAAAACCAGUACGCUAAAAGAUCAAUCGACCAUAGCAUUUCCUAAGUACCCUAUUUAACAGAUUAAAAGACCUCGGAUACUCCUAGGUCUCGAAGGUCGAAGACCACAUUCGAAUUAAUUAAUUACCGAUUUUUAACCAGAAUGAAAAUCUGCAAUUUGCAGUGAUACCCAUCGAAUAGUUUGAAAGAAAUCGAUUACACUAGUUUACAGCAUUUUUGAACUCGGUAAGCUGAUGAUCGUUUCUGGUGUAGAAUCAUGCCCUGCGUUCGAAAACGCGACAGAAAAAAAUACAGUAGAGCGGUACUUUCCAUACAAGGUUGAUGAUUUGAAAUCGAUUCUUGUUCUAUUUUUAAGCAAAGUCGCUCACUUCACACACCUCAUUCUCCGUAAUCAAUGCACCGAUUGAGCUGAAUUUUUUACUGUAUCUCGCCUACAUAUGUUAUGUCAAAAAAAAAAACGUUGACAAAGAAUUUUUAAAUUCUUAAAAAAUACAUUUCUUCACAUAUUUUUAAAAAUUUUGCUAAAAUUUAAGGAGAUCGUUCCCAAAACUCGCCAAUAUCUUGAAUUUUAUCAAACUGACGCAAAAACCUGCAUUCAGAUGAACGAAUGGUAUUACAUUCAGCUUUUAAUUUAUGGAAAAAGAUUUAAAAUUGGCUGAACAAAACGCAAGAUAUUUGAAUUUUAUUAAAUUCCAUAUUUUAAAAAGUUGUAAUACUCGAUAUUGAGCUAAAACUCAAAAACUGUUCCACUUUAAUUUUUUUGAAGCACGGUUUCGAAAUCAGCGCUAAAUUAUGCUUCAAAAAUUUUGGUCGUUGACAAAAGUUCACGACUUUUGUUUUAUUUUGUAAACUAGUGUUAUUAAUUAAUGAGGCCUCCGAUUUGAAUGCGGCCUUCGGUGAAAUUUUAGCUGAUAGAAUAGUCUAUGAGAAUACUUGGGAAAAUUCUUCGGUUGAUUGAAUGAAGCACACCGUUUUCCCAUACUUACUUCGAAAGACUUGUGCAGUUUCAAUUUUCAACCAAAUCAGCUCAAAUUUUUGGAGAAGGCAUAGAAUCUGGUUAUGGUUUGAAUAAUCGAUGUGGAGCAAAAACGAUUUUUAGAACCACGCUAGUGUAUAUCUACUCAUUUGCGCUACCUCGCAUGUACCUGUUGCUUCCCAUCCUCGAUCGCGCACGAUGCUACCUAGUAUCGCUUGUGGUGAUCUACCUCAAAAUGUUACUCUGUUUAGGUAAUUAUUUUGAAGAUGAAACCUAUCCCACCAGUAGGUAUCCCCAUAUGCCGGUAUUCCUCACGAAUAAUUUAUUUUAGAUAUACCUACUCGGUUCAAAAAGCUGCUAGAGGAUGCCAGAGAACAGCACAAAGUGUUACAAUCUCAUUAAGGAAAGAAGUUAUCAUACGUUUCAAUCCAAGAUGGUGAAGAGGAAAAGUCAACCAAUUAUCAGCUCAGAGAGCAGCAGUGAUUCCGAAUUCGGUUCGGAUCUUGACAUGGAGCUGUUGUCGCUGGCCAAGAAAAAGAAGACCAGCAGGCUGGCUUCGAACUCUCCCCGAGUGGAGGAGUCUUCCGACUCCUCGGAUGACGAUUCGGAACCAGAGGCAUCCAUGCAGUGCAUGAAGCGAGAGACGAAGCAGCAACAGCAGGCGGAGUCUGGUUCUAGUUCCAGUGAAGACAGUGACGAUGAAAGUGGGAGUAGCAGCAGUGAUUCUGAGUCCAGUUACGAGUCUGAAAACGAGAAGAUGGGAUACGUGAUCGGUGAUCUAGUUAGAUUGGUUCGAAGGCCCGCAAGACCAACGGUUUUGGCCAGACGCAGGCGAUCCCCCGGAAUUUGAUUCGGCCAUGCUGGAAGAACGACCAACACCUGCAUUUCCAGCUCAAGCAGUACCUCCAAGCGAAAUCUUCGUCGUUCACGGAACUCGUCCGUAUCGUAGCACUGCUGCUUCGAUUUCGGCACAACUCGCAAAAAUGCAAUCGGCCGUCCAGGAAAACUGUUAUUUGAAGAUAUCUCAAUUUUUAACAUGAAUGAAAUAAAUAAUUCAUUUUGCACUCCAGGAUUUUUCUUAAAAGGUCAAAAAGAGAGAGAGAAUGGGGUAAAACGGGCCCGAUACACUGAUUUCCAGCAUCGUGCGGCGAAUGACACCCUCCUUAUUCGAAACUGUAAGGAUUUUUGCAGUGUGUGUCAAAAAAUCAUUCGAAUCCAUCCACCCCGAGCAGAGAUAUUGAAUUUAUUUGCGUUUUAUAUCUAUUUUUUCCCAUUGUGCAAUGCCUUUAUAAAUUCCAUCAGCAAUUUCUUUUCAACUUCCUUUUCCAAUGUCGUAAAAAAUGUGAAUUUCUCUGGUUCCUUCGAAAAUCCUUUUGAGAGUGAAUCCGGUAAUUUAUUGACCAGUUUCCCUGACAUUUUAUUUUUAAUAAUUGGCAGCGCCUUCUGAAACUUUUUCGCCUAUUUUGUUUCUUCUGGUUCAGAUUUUUUGGGAUGUUCUCCGGGAAUUCCUUAUGGCGAUAUUUUGGCAAUUCUUUUGAAAAUCCUUCGUAAAUUCCUUAGGGAUGCCUUCAGCUAUUUCUAUUUAUUUUAUGAAAUUAAU